GACAUGCUCAACAAUGCUUCGAUCGAACUGCUCACAAGCCAGGGUUAUACACAUGUAAUCACUUUGGACUCGUCAAUCACGAACAACCCACUACUCAAGGGCAUCAUCAACUCUGGACUGAACCAUAUCCCAUGCAUGAGAACGAGGUGGGCGGAUUCCUGGACAGAUUCACGGUGAUGGUAUUGGAACUACGCGAGCUCACAGCGUCCACCCAGUCAUUUCUACGGAGGAUAAUCUUGAAGAAGGUGAGAGCGAGGAUGACGAAAUACAGGGAGCAGCACAGGCACGUGACCGAGGAGCCGUUCGAGCAUCUAGCUGUCAAGCGGGAACUGGGGUUCCUCACCGGCCGCUUCCUCAUCUGUCCGGCGGAUAAAGCCUCGAGCACUCCGGCCUUCGUAUGCAAGAACUUCAUACGGAAGCUCGCCUUUGAGAUGUUGUCUGGACAUGAGUUUGCGAGCAUCGUCCCCCCCCUUGCAGCAGUCAUCUCACGAAUACAGUGCGAGCUUUCAGCUAUGCCCGUGCUGUCGACUGCACCAGCGACACUCCCGUACCUGAUGACGGUGUUUAAGGCGCAUAAAAGCACGCUUCACUGGAUCACGAACACGGCCAAGACAGUUGUUUCCCCGGAAGCGGACCUUUGCGCUUGUCUGCUUCAGUUUCUCCUUCCCCUGGUGCAGACGUUCUGUAAGGAGAGAAGCUGGGAGGUGGAGGAAUGGUUUGGUGUGAACUUGAGGCGAACUUGUGGUGGUGCGAAGGGAGAGGAGCUCGAGCCAUACCAUUCGAAUCAAGGAAGGACGAACGACAAGUUGUGGCCAUCGUGGGUGGAUGGCGAUCAGGCGGAGGGUAUGGGGUCUAUGCUGUUCAGGGAGGAGGAUGUCUGCUGGCUCACGGAGUGCUGCAUCGCCAACAGCGUGUUACGCAUGGGGGACGAUGUGUGGAGGCAGGUCAGGGGCUUCCCCAUGGGCUUGGCCUGCUCCCCGAUCUCGUGCGAUAUCUAUUUUUUUAAGUAUGAAUAUCACGCCAUGAUGAGAUUGGCAGAUACUGGGAAUGCGCAUCUGAUUCCAUACUUCUCGGACACCUUCAAGUACAUCGAUGACCUGGGCGCAAUCAACAACACCAUCAUCAAGAGUUUCAUGCGGAAGAAGGAGGACAGGGAGGAGAACGACCCGUGUUGGAUCUACCCAGACGAGUACAUAGAAAUUAAGGAGAAUACUGAGGUUGCGGUGGAUGAGUGCGGGCGAAAAGCCAACUUCCUCAGUUUGACCAUUACGAUCACCUCUCCUUUGCAGGGACGUACGUCAAUUCCAGGCACGACAAGCGCAAAGGACUAGGUUUUAGUUCAUGAAGGUUCAUGAAGUAUAAAUCCAACAGGAGUGUCAAGCAGUC